AUGCAGCUGGAGGAGGCGACGGGCCGCUCUGGGAAGAGGGUCGCUGAUGCCAUCCUGCCCUGCCUACAGGAGUGGAUAGGCAGGGCACACGAAGAUCUCACGUUCCGGACGACCCAGGUGCUCGCCGGCCAUGGCUGCUUCGGUGAGUACCUGCAUAAGGUCGUCCGGAAGGAGUGCGCCAGCCGCUGCCACCAUUGUGAUGCGGCUGAGGACACGGCGCAACAUACGCUGGGCGAAUGCCCGGCGUGGGAGGGACAGCGCCGUGUCCUCGCAAGCGUGGUGGGAGUGGACUUCUCGCCCCCGGCCCUUAUCAGGGCUAUGCUAGGGGGGCGAGAAGUCUGGUCAGCUGUCACCUCCUUCUGCGAAGAAGUUAUGUCGCAAAAGAAGGAGCAGGAGAGAGCCAGACGGGGGGAAGUGAUUGUGGGGGGGGGGCGAGUUCGCCGCGCCGGCUGCGCCCUCAGAGGAGGAGGCGGCGCGAAGACAGACGCCAGAGGAGGGAGGCCGCCGCCGCUAGGGCACUAG